AUGGACGUUGAUAAGCCUUGCCCGCAUUCUUCUUCAGGAGUCAUGGCAAGCACAAGAGGGGAAAACCCUUUCCCCAUAAACCAACAGUUUCGAAGGAGAAUGAAAAGGAAGAAAAAUAAGCGAAGAAGAAGAGCGAAGAAGAAAGCAGAAACAAAAUCCCAACCCUGCGGGUUUCCAAAUAUUCCCGAAGAAAUCAUUGUCGAUAUACUCUCAAGAUUAUCCCUCGGUUCUCUUUCUAGAUUCACGUGCGUUUCCAAACAAUGGUGUUCUUUGGUUGCUGACAUCAUUCCCACAGUAACUGGAAGAAAGAUGGUUCUCGUUCAAUCUGUUUCAAGAUCUGGUACCCCGACGUUCCACUCAAUCGACGAAGAAUCUCAUGAGAAACAAGUGUGGAGACUACGAGAAAAGAGAAUAUCUCGUCGUCCUCCCAGAUUUUUCGGAUCGUGUAAUGGCUUGGUGCUUCUAAAUAUUACCGAUGACUUGUUCCUUUGGAAUCCCGUCACCAGUUAUUUUAAGAAAGUUUUAUCUUACGAACGCUUGGCGUUUAAGCAGUAUCGUGUUGUUUCCGGACUUUGCUAUGACUCCUUGUCUGGUGAGUACAAGGCUUUAGUGGCGCUUCAUCGUGAGACACCCGGUUAUUAUGGUGACUUUGUAAUGGUUGGUAGUUUUAAAAGCAAAGAUUGGAGAAUGGUUGGAUUCUCUUAUCCGGUUGGCACAGUGGAAUCAGGACCUGUAGUAAAUGAAAACCUCCAUUGGUAUGCCUCUAAGAAAAACUCUGUUCGCUUCCUUCCGUGCCAUCAGAUUAUCUACUUCAAUCCACAUUUGAAUAACUUUAAAAAGGUUCCGAUGCCGGAGCCUAAGCACGAGGAGGGAGAUAUGAUUUUCGGGUUGGGAGUUUUGGACGGAUGUCUUUCUAUGGUUCGUCAUGACAAUCCAAGUAAUUAUGAAUGCCACAGUGUCGAGGUAUUGGCAAUGAAGGAAUAUGGCAUGAAAAAAUCGUGGACUUUGCUGUUUAUCAUAUCGAAUUUGACAUUAACGGAUGGUGAUACGUUGGAGCCAUUAUGCUAUACAAAGGAUGAUGAAGCUCUUAUGAAAGUUUCCACGGAUGUGAAUGGUGAUACCAUGAGGGCAUAUAAUGUUAACGACUUACAUAGAGAAAUUUCAGUUCAAAAUAAUCGUUACUGUAUUAAUGCAAUUAAAUAUGAGGAAAGUUUGAUUGCACCUACUAGCUACGAUUGGGAAGACGAAGAGCUGAGAGGGGAAGCAACAUAUACGGAGUUCUUGUAUGGAGACUUGUACAAAUACCAAAAAACAGGGGAUGGUUACUGGGAGUCCUUCAAUAUCGAAAAGAGAGAUUUCGAGGAGCAAAACUCAGAAGAUGGUGAUCAGUUAGAAAUACAAGAAGGGUAA